GCCCCAAUGUGUAGCUGGUCGUCCAGCUGCAGCAAAUUGACUGUUUUCACCAAUAUCUUGGUUAUGAUGGCAAGGAGACUUGCCUCCAUUUCAUCACUGAAAGAAGCAUUCACCACUUAUUUUCUCCAAUGGAAGCAAGAUAGGAAAAUGAAUGAAACUACCAAUUUGCUACAACUCAUAAGUACAAUCAAGUACAAGUACAAGCAUUGCAUAUCAUAUAAAAGUUACCAUCACACUAUCAUAAAUUCUUCUGUCUUAAUAUCCUCCUCAUCAUUUUCUUUUGUUUUAGCAAAUCAUACUUCCAUUUCACCCCUGCAGCAACCAUUCUAAGGCAUAGAGAGGAAAUCAUUGCAUAUGCAUAAGAAACAGGAUAAUCUAUCAUCACCCAGAGAUCUUGCUACUGUAAAAGCGCAUUGAUGGAUCACCUGCUUGACUGCCUGUGUCACUUGUGUCAUUCUCAGGGAAUGAUGUGCAUCUCUCUCCCUUGGUUGUACCUUUGUACCUUCUCUGUCCGAGUUCAAGGAGAAAGCUGACCUCACACAUGACACAUACCUUACAUGACCCAUGCCACUCAUUGAAACUUCCUUCCCAUGCGAAUAGCAGAGUCCUGCUACACACUGCACCAAAGAUGACUGAUGAGGGCACCUCCAGACAAUGCACUUUCGACACAAGAUGGUAUCAUCACUCCCAGUCCCAUCCUUAGCCACACAUGGCCAGCAGCAUGCAUUCAAAGUUCCACGAACCUCGUGGAUCAAGGGGAGAUCAUGCUUAAGGCAUGCCAUGUACUUCUGCCCUCCAAUGAACUCCAAGUAUUCAUACUUGAGCACCCUGAAUCCAGCUCCUGCCAUCUGCAUCCUACAUGCAGAUGUUCCAGGACCACUGAAAGGUGCCCAGAGCAUCUUUCUCCUUGAUCAUCCCAAGUCACACUGGAUGCUCCCCAGCAACACACAUCCACCACCUACUCCAUUGUCUUCCCCACCUCAUCAAGCCUUUCCCAAUCCAGGUGCCCACCCCACACUGAAGUCCAGAAGCAUACGAGGCUCAUAUGAUGCCCUGGAGAUUUCAAAGGCUACAGGGGAGACAUACUUCCUCCCUGCAUUUAUAUCACAUACUGCUGCAGGAUGUUCUGGGGACAACUCUCUCAACCUGGGAUGCUUCAUUGGGACCAGUGACCACAGUGUGUUGAACUUCCACAGGACCUUGGGCAGCACUUCCAUUGGCCCCUGGACUUCGGGAACACCACCGCCCUCGGGUGUUGUUUCA